AUGAAUUAUGCCUGCCAAGUGUGGGGCCUUAUCCUUUAUAUGCGAGUUCGAGCCGCCCUCACUAAUCCCAAGUACAACUACUUUUCUGGGCUGGCGGCUGCCGUACCUGCCGUACUUUCAGAACUGCAGGAAGAGGUCUUGUCUUCCUUCACCCUCAACGCAAGGCUCCGAGACCUCAUGCAGCGACUGGCGGUGUGGACGCAAAGCUGUGAAAUCUCAGUGGCCUCUGCCGUACACGCUGGAAUUGGAGAUCUGGGUCCUCUGUUACUCGGAGGGGAGGGAGGACUCAACCCACGCACCUUCACUUGUUGUUGCUGGUGCUGA